AUGCCUUCGAGAUGGCAGCGUCUUCAUUUGUCCCAACAGCAAUUACCUCCGUUGCUCUUCCAGUAUACCUGGACUCGGCAAGGCUAUGAGAUCCACAUAACAGACCUCACCUACAUAUGGUCAGAGCGGCUGCCCCAUAAAGCCAUCGCCAAAAGAGCAGAGGAUGAUGCAACAACGAUCGAUCCUGGAGAGGACCCGGAACAGCUCAAUGUGCUCCUGGAGAAGAUUGGGGAAUCUUUACAAAAAGGCAAUGAAAGCGUGAUCCUAAGCAGUGGAACGCAAACCGACUCCCUCGAAAUCAUGAUAACAGCAAAGCUACCCGCCCCGUUGAAGCCUCUCAAAUGGUCUUUGAAGUUAUCAAAAGAACCUAUAUCGUCCUUGACCAUUAGUCUAUUACUUCCGCUGCUGAGAGAGGAAGCGGAGUGGGAGUCCCGCCAACGUCUGCUCUUGAACCAGAUCAAACAGAAAGACUACGUACUUGGUAAGUUGUUUGACAAAAUGGAAGCACUUGGCGUCGACCUAGGUUCUGUAUUCCCUAGCGCUGCAGGAUCGCGCACGUCUCGCAAGGCUAUCACGCGGUCCGAGGCUGCUAAGUUCAUCAAGGGUAUUGAGCCGUUCCAGGAACAGAUCUGGCUUGCUGAGACAGGAGUAUCAGACGGGGCGGGAUUAGCCACCAACUUACUCCAGGAAAUCUCGCAAUCCAGUGAUUCUUAUGAUUUAAAUACAUUCACCGGGUCACGAGGCGAAUGGUGGCGUCAAGUUGCGAAGCACUCUGAAACCAGCGCCAGAGAAGCCUCUAUCGACGAGGAAGUUGCCGACGAAGAAGAUAAAGAAAAGAAGAUUGGAAUCAAGAAUAUCGACGCAGAAGGUGAUUCAACAGCAAGCAGCGAUGUCGAUGAAUUCCAGCGACAAGAAACCCCUCCCAGACUAAAAUCCCAACAUGGCAAAGGCAAAGCAUCACCACCCCAGCAAAACCCUAGAAAGGAAAGUCUUCCGCCGCCAGUAUUGGCUUCAGAGGAAGACGAGACCACAGCAUCAGGCUCCGAAUCCGAGCCUGAACCAUCACCGCGUCAAAGACGCAUUCCCAGCGUUUCAAGGUCGCCAAAGCCCACCACCACGUCGCCAGCAGCCCAAGACUUGCUGAAAAAACCAAAGAGCGGAUUGGGUAGAAUUGGCGGCAAAAAUAAGAAAGAGACAGAACGUCGGCCCUCGCCAUCUCCCUCCCCAGCCCCUUCUCCUCCAGCGCACGCUCAAGAGGCACCAAAAAGACCAAAGGGCGUAUUGGGCAUGAUAGGCGGCAAGAAGAAACAAGCAAAAGAACCCUCGCCUUCAUCAGCCCCUUCCCCUCCAGCACUAGCCCGUGAGUCUCCAAAAUCCCAAGAACCUCCGGAGUCGCCAGACGAGAAUGAAACGAUCAACAAAGACCCUCUUUCCAUAUCGUCGACGCCGGCACUAGCAGCAGCCAAAGCUAAACGGCCCGGAAAACUUGGCAUGAUAGGCGGCAAAGCCAAAGCCAAAGCCCCCGAGUCUGCUCGAGACAAGUCUCCCCUGCCUACAUCUGACACGGUCAUGUCACCCGAGAAAGCUACAACUGCUAAACCGAAGGUUGAUCAACAAGCUCCUAAAAAGGAGGAAUCUUCAUUGCUCACACCAGCGGUGAAAGUCCCACCUGAAGAGCCGGAGACUGAAGACCAGCGCGCUGACCGGAAGCGUGAGGAACUGAAGAGGUCCCUCGAGGCUAAGGGCAAAAUUCCUGCAAAGAAGAAGCGGAGAUUCUAG